AUGAGAGCCCUAGUGAGCUCCAGCUCCCGCCGGCAGCAGCAGAGGAGGCAUCACGCCCGGCAGGCUGUCCUCUUAGAACGGCGGCUUCGUUUAUAUGGAACACCGAAAAGGGACUUGCGGCUGCCAAAGCCUUGCCUCGCCUUGGAUUGCCUUGGGAUUGGGUCACGCCAGCCGGCGCUUGAAGUUUUCCCCAGCGGCGUGGUGGGGCUGAAGAUGCUCCCGUGGAAGCUGCUCUUGGUGGCCCUGGUCCUCUGCUCCUUUGAAGGGGAAACCAAGUUUGGCGAGACCCCGGCCAAGAGGAGAAGGUGCUUGAAUGGCAGCCCCCCCAGACGCCUCAAAAAGCGCGAUAGGAGGCUGAUGCUCCUGGAGCCCCCCAACAGAGGGGAGCUGCUCUGCCAGGGAUUCUACCCCCGCCUGUCCUGCUGCUCCAGGGCUGAGAGGCAAGGAUUGCUCCAGAUAGAGAGCAACAAGAUCUUUUCUGUUACCAACAACACAGAAUGUGUGAAGCUGCUGCAGGAAAUCAGAUGCGCUCACUGUUCACCGAAUGCUCAGAAUCUGUUCCACUCAACUGUGAAGGAGGCAUUGGAAAGAGAACUAGCCCUUCCUUUCCUGUGCAAGGAUUAUUGCAAAGAAUUCUAUUACACUUGCAGAGGUCACAUCCCAGGUUUGCUCCAAAUUACUGCUGAUGACUUUUGUUUCUACUAUGCAAGAAAAGAUGGUGGUUUCUGCUUUCCAGAUUUUCCAAGAAAACAAGUUCGAGGACCAUCUUCUAACUAUUUGGAUCAAAUAGAAGAAUAUGGCAAAGAAGAAGAUAUAAGCAGGAAACAUAAACACAACUGCUUUUGCCUCCAUGAAGUUGUAAGUGGUUUCAGGCAACCUGUUGGAGCAAUACAUUCUGGAGAUGGAUCACACCGUCUUUUCAUCCUUGAGAAAGAAGGAUAUGUGAAAAUAUUAACACCCGAAGGAGAUAUAGUCAAAGAACCAUUUCUGGACAUACACAAAGUUGUUCAAAGUGGAAUAAAGGGUGGAGAUGAAAGAGGGCUCCUAAGUCUUGCAUUCCAUCCCGAUUACAAAAAAAAUGGGAAGCUCUAUGUGUCCUAUACCACCAACCAAGAACGAUGGGCUAUUGGGCCUCAUGACCAUAUUCUUCGGAUAGUAGAAUACACUGUGUCCAGGAAGAAUCCACACCAGGUUGAUAUGAGGACUACAAGACCUUUCCUAGAAGUUGCAGAACUACAUCGAAAACAUCUUGGAGGACAGCUGUUCUUCGGUGCUGAUGGGUUUUUAUACAUAAUCCUUGGUGAUGGAAUGAUUACAAUAGAUGAUAUGGAGGAGAUGGAUGGUCUGAGUGAUUUUACAGGUUCUGUACUGCGCUUGGAUGUAGACACCGAUUUCUGCCAUGUGCCUUAUUCCAUACCACAGUCUAACCCACAUUUUAACAGUACUAAUCAGCCUCCUGAAAUUUUUGCCCAUGGACUCCAUAAUCCAGGCAGGUGUGCAGUGGAUCGCCAUCCAACAGAUGUAAAUAUUAAUUUAACAAUACUUUGUUCAGACUCGAAUGAGAAGAACAGAUCAUCAGCAAGGAUCAUUCAGAUAAUAAAAGGAAAAGAUUAUGAAAGCGAACCUUCACUUUUAGAAUUUAAGCCAUUCAGUUCCGGACCACUGAUUGGUGGAUUUAUAUACAGAGGCUGCCAAUCUGAAAGACUUCAUGGAAGUUACCUAUUUGCAGACCGCAAUGGAAAUUUUUUAACACUACAACAGAGUCCUAUUACAAGAAAGUGGCAAGAAAAACCAUUAUGUCUGGGCAGCAGUGUUUCAUGUCAGGGUUUCUUUGCUGGACACAUUUUAGGAUUUGGUGAAGAUGAAUCAGGUGAGGUUUACAUCUUAGCAAGCAGUAAAAGCAUGACACAGUCUCUCAAUGGAAAACUCUAUAAAAUCAUUGAUCCCAAAAGGCCUUUAGAUCCAGAAGAAUGUAAAAGAACAGCAUUUCCUGCCCAGAUAUUGACAUCUGAAUGCUCAAGGCAUUGCCAAAAUGGGCAUUGUACUCCCACUGGAAAAUGUUGUUGUAAUCAAGGCUGGGAAGGUGAAUUCUGCCGAACUGCAAAGUGUGAUCCAGUCUGUCGACAUGGUGGUGUCUGCAUACGACCAAAUAAAUGCUUGUGUAAAAAAGGAUACCUUGGUUCUCAAUGUGAACAAAUGGACAGAAACAUCCGAAGAGUGACAAGGGCAGGUAUUUUUGAUCAAAUCAUAGACAUGACAUCUUAUUUGCUGGAUCUAACCAGCUACAUUGUAUAGUUUCUGGGACUCUUUAGAGACUACAUUUCAAUGGGCAUUUAUUUUUGAAUCUUCUCUUUUCUUUUAUUUGUAAAGACUGUUUUCCUGCUUUGAAACUCCAGUGAUUCCUUUGGAUUUGUAAAUCUGUCUUUAUUUUCAGAAAUGUAUUCAUUCACUUACAAAUAUCUGAUUGCAUAAUUAGUGGAACAUUAACAUUACAUUUUUCAGGUGGAAUAAUUUACAUGGAAAUUCCACUGGAAGCUACAGAAAAUAUCACCUGAUGUCACUAUGAAUUCUUUGAUGUUCUACCAAUGUUAAGUCUAUAAUUAUUUUAUUAUUGCAAUCAGAAAGGAGUUCUGAAAUUUUGGACAUAAUUAGAAAAAAAGAAAAAGUACAAAAAAUGACAAAUGGAUUCAGAUGAUCACUUUUCAUCUAAUGUUACACGUGACCAUUUUUUUCUUCCAUUAAAAGCUUUUUUUAAUGCUUAAGAAAGCUAAUAUAGCAAGAGCUACAGGUAGUCCUUGUCUAAUGACCAUAACUGGGCCCAACAACCUGGUCAUUAAGCAAAGCAGUCACUAAGCAAAACCAUGACUGCUUCAAAGUUUUCCUUUGCUUUAAUGACCUGUGAAGGUCAUAAAUAUGAGGAUUGGUUGUAAGUUACCUUUUCUUCACCAUUGUAACUGCAAGUGAUAGCUAAAUGAGGUAAUUGUUAAACAAGGACUGUGUUGCAAUUGUUCAAAUGACUAGAGAAAUCAGUUACUUUAUGAAAAACAUGGCCAUAUGAAUCCACUUUUCCCACUAUAGCUCUGUUUCACAACUCCUUCAUGCAUUCUUAUAUAGGCAGUUCAUUAUAAGUUUGUAAUCUUCACCUCUAUCAUUGUAACAGAAUGUUAUGCACUUAACUGCUUUACCUAACAUACAUGCAAGUCUGGCUGUCACAGCUUGAUUUCCACACUGUGUUAAUUUUUUUAACAAUUAAAUUAUAUCCAUAUAUUUUAAAAACAAUAAUUCUAAAAGGUCUGCUUUUUAUUGAAUAUCUUAUUUAAUAAUGGGCACUGGGUUUGUUUUACAUAUUUAUAUGAUUUUAUUUUAUUUUUUAUAAUAUAGAUAUCACCUAGAUGAACAGCAUUGUAAAAUACUAAAGUUAUAUGUUCCUUCACCUUAAUUGGAGAGUACAAGAGCAAGCACAUUCUUUUAAUGUAUUGUGGACUAAUAUAGACCUAUAUUAUGAUGUCAUUCUUUGUUUAUAAUCCACAAAGUAGUAGUACCAACUAAUUGGUCAUUUUAAAUACUGAUAAAAUACUUGCCACUGUAUCAGGACUGGCCCUCUACAUAUAUUAUUACAAAAUUCACACUAAAUAAAACCUUGCCAAAUGACAAGUCACUUUAAGUAAAAAAAAAAUUGUGUAAGAGAACAUGUAUAAAAACAGCAAAAAAUAUUAUUGCCAAAUAUGGUUUAAAAUGUAAAUGCUUCUUGGAGAAUAAACAGAAUAUUGUUUCAUUUUUGUAAAUGUAUCAAUAAACUUGGUGUACAUGCUG